AUGUCAAAUGUUUUGAAUGAAUUAAUCGAGACCAUUAUUGAUGAGAGAAUAAAACAAAAUUAUGAUUUAUUUAGCAAUUUUGAGGAAAUUUGUAGAGGCCCAUUUGGGACUGUACGAAAAGCGACAUGGGGAGAUAAGACAGUUGUUCUUAAAAGUCUAAAUAUUGAUACCACUGAUGAAAUUAUUACUAAAAACGAAGUAUAUAUUAGAGCAUUUGUUAAUGAGCUUCAGAACACUGAUGAAAUUGUUACUAAUAACGAAGUAUAUAUUAGAGCAUUUGUUAAUGAGCUUCAGAAACUUAUUACUGUCGACGAACAUGAGCAUCCAAAUAUUGUCAAAUUUUAUGGGGUUACUAAAGAUCUUUUUGUAUCUAAAAAUGAUUUAAAAACUUGGGGAAGUAGUCGGUCAAAUUACGAAAAAGCAAUUAAGAGAGAAUCUCAAUCUCAAGAAUUUCAAAUAGAAGAUUAUGAGCGUAUAAUUAACUCAGUUAUGGAUAAUAUAGAUAAUAGGGAUGAUCAAAUGGGAGUAGAUAUCCCUGAUACUGAAACUAGGAGAAAAAAAAUUUUAAAAACUUCUUCGGGCUUGGGAUAUAACGUUAAUCAUAUCAUUGGAGCCGGAAUUUUUAUAACACCUAGUAAUGUAUGGAGACUAGCACAAUCUCCAGGAUCUGCCUUAAUGUUAUGGAUUUCUGGUGGGCUUAUAAGUCUAUUUGGCAGUAUGAUUUAUGUCGAGUUAGGGUCUAGAUUUCCUGAAGGAUCAGGUGAACAAAAGUAUCUUGAAGAAACUAUAAUACUUCCCGGAGCAAUUAUAGCAGAUUCAUAUGCGUGCUCCAAGUAUAUUCUCUACGCAUUUAAAGGAAAUUCUGAGGACGAGGGUAAAUAUUUUGGUAUAGACUACAUAGAGUUGCGAAUUUUGGCAAUCGCAAUUUUAUUAAUUAUCACCGGAUACAAUGUGUACUCCAAUAAAUUAGCAAUUAGAAUUAAUCAGACAUUUGCCGUAAUUAAAGUUUUUGCCUUAAUUAUAAUUUCAAUUAUUGGAUUAGUAUCGCUGCGGGAAGAUAGUAAAAAAGAUCAUUGGAAAGGCAUUUUUAAUAAUACUCCAUCUGAUGAUGCCCAUGAACGAUCUGUUUCGGAACAGAUAGGAAGUUAUGGCAAUGCUAUGUUAAACGUUCUAUUUUCGUAUGAAGGUUGGAAUAAUUUAAAUUACUUAACGGAGGAAUUGGAUUCACCUGAACAAAGUUUGAAAAUUUCUGCUGUUCUUAGCGUGCCCGGAAGAAUAAUUAUUUCAAUACUUAUCUCAAUUUCUGCUUUCGGAUGCGUAGGCUCAAUGGUCUUUAUGGGCGCUCGAGCUAUAGCAUAUACUGCAAAAUAUAAAUUUAUACCAAGGAUAUCAAGAAGAUUAUAUUAUUGGGGUGCCACCCCAGUUUAUGCUUUGCUUUUACAAUUUGUUUAUUGUGCAUUUUUAAUUCUUCUCGCUCCGGUAGGCACAAGCUUUUUUCCAUUUUUCUCUGAUAUGUCACAGUAUUUGGCUAUGGUGUUUUAUGGUGUUAGCGCCAUAUGCUUGUUGAUAAUAAAGAAAAAACUGAAAGAUGCUGAAUACGCUUAUUUUAAACAAGUACGCAGUGCUCAAUUAUGA